AUGACGGCAGAAAUACGAAAAGAGGCCAUCAAGCGGGAACGAAUGAUCGACAAAGCUCAUUUCUUGGGCUACGACUAUGUGAAUGGCAACUUGGAAUACAAGCACAUCCCCCGCGUACACGUAGACCGCCUCCGCGAACUAUGCUUCCCGGACACCAUCGAGGACGCCCAAAGGAGAGCCCAGGCGGUAGCGGAGGGCCAAAAGCUCUUCAAGGAUAAAGCGUGGUUCUCCACGCAGUCAUGGUUCUACGACCUCCGCUUAUCCCACCCGGAGAUGAAGACAUGCAGCAGCCUACGUCGUGACCUUGGCGAGCUGGUCAAGAUGGGUGCGUGCGACUCGCUGAGUAGGAGGGCCGCCGAGAUGGAUAAGGCCUUUCGCGAGAGAGAAGAGAUCCGGAGGGAUCGUAAGGGCAUCUUCGCUCGGUACGAGCGACUUGAACAGCAGGCCGCCUUCGACAUUGAUCUUUUCAGGAAAGCUUAUUUUGAGAAAGACGGAAGACCUGAACGUAGCGUCACGCCUCAUGCAAUGCUUUUGGCCAAUGUCGACCUGGGUGUGGCUUGGUCACUUCAGACCAUGGCGGCAGCAACCGACGGGCUUCAUUUUGAACACCAGAUUCACACCUCAUCAGGAGGGGUUUGCGUCAUCGGUUGGAACCAGAGUGAGGUUACCAGUCGCAUGGCUGAAUGGAUGAAUGAGCACGGUGAUGGGGAGGAAGAGGAGGACGAGCGGGAUCUUAGAGACGUUUUCGUCAAAUGGGCGGAUGCCUUCGAACGACACCAGGACUAUCUGGUGAACAAGGAGGAGACGGAUGGUAGGGGGGAACCCGACCAAGUGGAAGCGCAUCGCACAGGCUUCACAGAGAUGCGCCUCGAAGAUGUACUUGGCUCGUACCUAGUCGGGUGUCCUGUGUUAUGGAAGGAUUAUCCCGACUACGGCGAGGCCUUUUCUCUAAACAUCAGACCAGCUUCCCGCCCCGUCGAGGAUGCCGGCUUCCUGGUGGCCGAUAUGAAAUUCGGCGUUGUCAAGGGCACAAUGAUUCUCUCGUUUUCCCAAGAGCAGCUGAAGUUGGUCAGAUCGGAGACAGAGGAGGGCUGGUCGGGCGAGCGCGUCGAGGACCUCGGAGACCUUUGGUUGCGCGAGCGACCCGAAGACCUCGCAUACCGUUUGCUAUAUGGCGAACGACAGGAACCCGCCCCGGUUCGGACGUUGCCGCCGCUGAAGAAGCGCGAGCCAAACGCGCUGCAGCGCAGCGGCUUCAGACGGGUGUACUUCACCUGGAAGGGCUAUGAGAAGACGGGCGGGCUUGCCGUCAUGGACGACGGAUAUCUCGACUUCAACGAGACCUGCACUGCGUUCCAGGGCGUCACCCGGAUGCUGAUCCUCGGCGACACUACCCUUUCCUUUGAAGGGUUCAAACUACGGGACUCCUCGCCAACGCCCGGAUGGACCGCCGACACGCCAGUACACGGCGCGCCUCGUAAAGAGAAGAGAAAGGAGGAGGACCCAGAGACAAGCUCUGAUUCUGAGGACAACGUUGGUUUUGUGAUCCCUGACAGAACUCGCACAGUACAAAGUCUUGCCGGCAAUCUUUUCAUUCUCAAGACCCUCUUCAUGAUCUAUGACGUAUGA